CUCGCCGCGUGCCUAGCUUAUUCGCCGUUCCUGGUGUCUUGCUCGCCGCUGUCGUGUGCGGCUGCGGCACAGCGGCUGCGUCACUUGCCGGCGGUGCCGCGCGGCUGCUCCGCCCCUGUCAUCGCGCUGCCGCUCCCUCACCACGCCGGUGAUGGCCGCCGCAUCUCGCGCCGCUCAAGAGGGCGACGACGACGAGGCGGCGGCGCUCCUCCCAGUCGCCGCUGCUGCUCCCUCCUCACGCCCGCACCCGCACCGCCAGCGCCGCCUGCUGCUCGCCAUGCUCCCGCCGCUGCUGCUCCUCCCGCUGCUCGCCUGGCUGCUCCUGGCGCGCGCCUCGCCCGUCGCGCCGCCCCAGAGCGUCGACUAUGCGGCGCCGUCGGCCUUCCCCACGAGCCUGUGGCAGAGCUACUUCCUGUCGCCUGCCGAUGCACACAUGACGGCUGUGCCGCGGCCCGCCGUGUCGGACGUGGCGCACACGCGCGUGUUCGGCGAUGCGCUCGCCACGGCGCAGAUUACGGGCGCGCCGUCGCGCGACGCCGUCUUUCCGCGCCCCUCGUCGGCGCCGGCAGCGAACCUGACCGAGACGGUGCUCGCGAACCUCACGUCGCUCAUCCGUGCCAACACGGGCAACGACAGCUGCGCGACGUGCCUCUCGGCGCUGGCGCUCGGCCAGACGCUGGCUCGCUCGGCGCCGCACCACGUGCCCGGCGUGCUGCAGACGCUGUGCGAGCGCUUCGCCUUCCUCGGCACGGCGUCGGGCCUGGCGCUGUCCGACGUGUGCCGGCGCACGUACGCCCCGGCGGCGCUUGGCGCGUCCUACACGCAGGUGCUGAGCUACGCCAACCUCACGUCGGCGUCUGCCGACGGAUGCUACCUGUGCCACUACGUCGCCAAGGGCGCCUGCCCGCUGCCGGCGCCGCGAGUCUUUGACGCCGCCUUCCUCGACGCCUGGUUCGGCGGCGCCUCGAAGCGCGCGGCCCUCACGCGCCGGCAGCUGGCGCCGCGCUCGCCCGCCACGCCCGGCAAGACGCUGCGUGUGCUGCACUUCUCGGACAUUCACGUCGACCCGCGCUUCCUCGUCGGCGCCGAGGCGCGCUGCACCAGCGGCCAGUGCUGCCGCGCCGAGAGCUUCAACAGCAGCGUCGCCGCCGCGCCGCCGCUCUCGCGCGAACAGCCGCUGCCGGCGGCCAAUGUCUCCGAGACGGCCGUGUACUGGGGCAACUACAAGUGCGACUCGCCGUGGUCCCUCGCGCUCUCGGCGCUCGAGGCCGUCAAGCACGUCAACGGCAAGGCCGUGGACAUGAGCCUCUACACCGGCGACAUGGUCACGCACGACGCCGUCUGGCACAUCUCGCGCGAGCUCGUGCGCUACACGCAGCAGGCCAUGUACGACGUCUUCAAGCGGCUCCUCGGCUCUGGCCCCGUCUUCUCGGCCAUCGGCAACCAUGACACGGCGCCGUCCGACUUUGCCUCGCCCUCCUCCCUGCCCGACGACACGCGCGGCCAGUUCUCCUACGACUGGCUCAACCUGCGCCGCCUCUUCGUCGCCGAGGGCUGGUUCACGCACGCCGAGGCGCAGCAGGUCGGCCGCCACUACGGCGGCUUCUCCGUGUCGCCGCGCCAGGGCCUGCGCGUCGUGGUGCUCAACACCGACUUCUGGUACCGCGGCAACGUGUACAACUACCUCAACUCGAGCGCGCCAGACAUCAGCGGCAACCUCAAGUGGCUCACGCACGAGCUCGAAGGCGCCGAGAAGCGCGGAGAGCGUGUGUGGAUCGUGGGCCACGUGCUCACCGGCUGGGACGGCAGCAACGGUCUUGACAACCCGACGACGCUCUUCCACCACAUUGUCGCUCACUUCUCGCCCAAGACAAUUGCGCACAUCUUCUUUGGCCACACGCACGAGGACCAAUUCAGCGUGUUCUUCCCGCAGGCCGCCAAUUCCACGUCGAAUGCAACGGCCCUGGCGCCGGCGCACGAGGCGCAGGCCGUGGCAUUUAUGGCGCCGAGCAUCACGCCCGGCAGCAACGUGAACAGCGCCUUCCGCAUCUACACUGUCACUGAGGGCACGUGGGAGGUGCACGACUACGACGAGUACUACGCCGACGUCUCCUCCUUCCCCGAGCUCCCGGGCACCGACCACGGGCCCGUCUGGCGCCACCUCUACUCGGCACGCGAGGCAUACUCAAACUUCAGCGCCUCCGCGGCGGCGGGCAACUACAGCGGCCAGGUGCCGCUCGCUUCGGGCCAGUGGCCGGCCUCUGCACCGCUCAACGCCACCUUCUGGGCGGCGCUGACGGACGAGAUGUGGGCGCGGCCGGCGCUCGUCGACACCUUCCGCGAGCGCCAGGGCCGCAACUCGCCGCGUGCGCGCCAGUGUGCCAGCCAGGCGUGCCGCGACGCCAUGGUGUGCUACAUGCGCUCGGCCGACGGCGUCGAGGGCAAGAGGUGCCCGAGCGGCGACGGCUUUGCCAGCGUGCAGGGCUAGAGUGCCGAAGCUGUUGCGACUCGCGCCGCCCGACGCUGCCCAUAGAGCUUAUCUCAUAGAGUUCGCUAGUGAAUCAAGAUUCUGGACGGCUCGGG